GUGAACGGAAAGACGGCAACGAUCAGCCGCUUUUGACCCCAAACAGACUUCAGCGGAAACAUGGAGAAGAAAAGGUGGGAGUGCUCGGCUCUCCCGAAUGGUUGGAAAAUGGAAGAAGUGACCAGAAAGUCGGGCUUGUCCGCGGGGAAAAGUGAUGUCUAUUAUUUUAGUCCAACGGGAAAGAAGUUUCGGAGUAAACCUCAGCUGGCCCGUUACCUGGGAAACUCCAUGGACCUGAGCUCCUUCGAUUUCCGCACGGGGAAAAUGCUUAUGAGCAAACUAAACAAGAACAGACAGCGGACGCGCUGCGAUCAAAAUCAAAGCAAGGGUAAGCCUGAUCUGAACACGUCACUACCGGUUCGACAGACAGCGUCCAUCUUCAAACAGCCGGUCACCAAGGUUACAAAUCACCCCAGCAACAAGGUCAAGACAGACCCUCAAAAAGCUGUUGACCAGCCCAGACAGCUGUUCUGGGAGAAAAAGCUGAGUGGACUCGAUGCGUAUGAUAUAGCAGAGGAACUGGUGAAGACUAUGGAUCUUCCUAAAGGUUUGCAAGGCGUCGGACCAGGUUACUCGGAUAAGACUCUUCUGUCGGCUCUCGCGAGCGCUCUUCACACCAGCUCAAAUCCAAUCACAGGUCAGCUGUCAGCGGCGGUGGAGAAGAACCCUGGAGUCUGGCUCAACACAUCACAGCCGCUCUGCAAGACCUUCAUGGUCACUGAUGAAGACAUCAGGAAGCAGGAAGACCUGGUGUACAGCGUGAGGAAGAGGCUGGAGGAAGCGCUCAUGGCAGACAUGUUGGCGCACAUUGAUGAAACCGCUGUUGAUGCCAAUUCACUGAAGGACGAAUCCAGCGAUGAGGAGAUGGAGACCGUAUAACUGGGUAAUCAGUGUCGACUAGAACAACCCGGACUACAGUAUUUUUACUCCCAACACCAAAAGACGCUCACACCCUGAAGCGGAUCCCCAUGCCGAAAACAAAACCUCCUUUCCCUAAAUCAGCUGUGAAGCUCAUAAUGUACCCAUAACAUAAACACACAUUUUCACUUUCAUCUCUAAUUUAAUCUUGUAAAUGGAUUCUGUCUCAUUGUAGUUUAGCCAGAUUAUCUUGUUUGGGGUUGGGCUGAGAGGAAUUGAUGAAUGCUGUUUUUCAAAUCAUGCUAGUCCGUAACACAAUUUUUUACACUUUUUGUUUUUAUUAAAUAAAUGCGUGUUUUUAUGAUUAUCUUAAAGACAUUGCACUAAUGUGCAUAUUAAUGUUUGAUGGCUAGUACAAAUAUGGUGCUCAUUUAUUUUCAUGGUUUCUUUAUAUUUUAUCUUGCCGUGUUUUUUGAGUGUAGACAUUAGCAUUGGUGCUUUUUCAUGUUUGUUUCCCCUCUAAGCUAUGUAGCAUUGUUUCUGUCAUCGUAUAGCUAACAUAAAGGAAGAGGUAGUUUAGGUCUUAUUUUAUCAUGACAUUAGAUUUGGAAUGACUUCUUGAUGUGGACUGAAAAUCUGUCUAAUUCAAAUACAGUGCAGAAAUGAUCAUGAUACAGCUUUUUAUUAUUAUUUGUUCACACGAUCAUGGUUAAAUCUAGAUGUUUUUCUGUUCUUUUAUGUGUCAUUGUACUCUCAUAAAUUCACGUUCGGUGGGGGGUGUAUUUUGUAUUUUACACUUUUGUUUUUGUUUGUUUUUUUUCUUUAAGAAAGCAUAAAGGACUGAGGGGAACUCAAAGCUAAAUAAUACUUUUGUACAUUUUGAAAUUAAACUUUUG